AUGGCUUCCAGUGUCGCGGCGCAAAACUGGCAAUAUGCUCAGCAAUUCGAGGCACAGCUCAAGGCUCUAUUAAAGAGAGACCCUCCUCCCACCUACGAUGAGACCGAGCAUGCGAUUAGUCAACUACGCAUUGCCUCCGAAGCCGUCAUAUUCGCCGAUUUCCAAUUCGCGACUACGGUUAAAGCUGAAGGACGACUGUGGGACGCGCACACCCUGAUCAAUGGUCGCUAUCGCAGAUUGAUGGAGAAGGUCAAGAAGCACCAGAAGAACCAUGUGGAACGCCGAAGCUUGGCUAAGCAUUAUGCCGACUUCAUCAAAACCAGCCAGUUCUUUUACAAGGGAUAUAUCCAGAGAUUAGCUUCGCACUUCGACGCUCUGCAAGACUUGCGCCGGAUUGCCAACAGUCUAUCCCUCAGCAGUCUUUCGGUAGAUCGACGAGUACCGGUCUCCCCGGAGGUCGAACUCUUGAUCAAGAGAUCUUGUCAUUCUACCCUGAUGCGCUUGGGCGAUUUGUCUCGGUAUCGUAACAGCUUUAGAACUAAGGAUCGCAAUUGGGCACCAGCUUUAGGAUACUAUGCUUUGGCGAAUGACUUCUUCCCGGAGAAUGGAUACGCACACCAGCAAAUGGCUGUGAUUGCUCUUGCGGAGGAGAAUCACCUGGACGCGCUCUACCAUCUCUACCGCGCGCUCAGCACAAAAGAGCCUCAUCAACUUGCUUCUGGUAACCUUGAACACGAGUUCAAGAAAAUUAUCAGCGCUUUCGAAAAAAAGCUUCCUCAGCCAAAAAAUGAUAAAGUCUCAACUAUGUGUGGGUGGUUCAAUUUGUUACAUGCCAAAUUCUCCGAAGGCGUUGACUUUACUGCUACACGGGAGGAGCUCGAGAGAGAAAUCCUCUCCCGGCUUGCAUUGUUGUUCAAGGAACAGACAUUUGGCGAGAUUUUGGAGAAGCUGGUCAUUGUUAAUAUAGCCGCUCAGUACAUUGCUGGGAACAAGGCCAAAAAUGAUUCCAAUGAGAAGAAUCUCACUUCGUACAAGUUCUACCUGGGGUUCAAUGUCCGAAUGAUGUUUCUCCUUCUCCAGGCUCUUGCUCCGGAGCUCGAAAAUGACUCGGAAGGAGAAGAAAUCCCGAAUGGAACAAAUGGCACUGCUGAUCGUCCAGAAGCCCCCAGGGAAAUCAUCACCGCAAUUGCUCGUCGACUUCUCCCAGCUUUGCGUCAAUACAGCACCUGGUUAGCCUCCAGCGCUUCCUUCCUCAUGGCUGUGUCUACACCACAAACAUCUGAUGUUGUUAUGGCUAAUCGCAUUAUCGAACUAUGGAAACUGUAUGCCGUGGUUCUUACAAAACUUAGCUGCAUGUUUCCUGUGGCAGAACUCCCCUACGUCGAAUAUCUCCUUGAGGAGGACGAAUCAACUGUCGGUUUUGAGCCUCUUCUUGAUCCCAACCUUCCCACAGGAUGCAACCUCUUCAAGUCUGUCAAGGGUGAGAUCAAACCUCGUAUCACUGAUCAAGGCCGUGCGCGCGAGCAUCCAAAUGUCGAAAUGCAGUCUCGAAUCCGCGACAUUCUGAUUAUUGGACUUUCCUUAGCCGUGAAUAAUGACUUCCCAAUCGGCAUGGAUCGGUCGGAUGGUGGAAUCACUUUGGUCUUUCGUCCGCCUGGAUCUAAGCCCUCUAAGCCGUUGCAGUACUCCACGUCCUCAGCCUUUCCAACCCAAAGUCAUACGAGCAGCAGUUUCUCUCCACGAGAAGUUCGCCCUGUACAGAAGCAGGUCGAGCGAGACGAACAUGUGGGAAUUCCGGAUGUUCAGCAUAGCAUGGACAGCGAUAUGUCGCGGAUGGUCGAUGACCUUGUUGACCCAUCUUCACAGAACAACGAAACUUCAUACGGCAUGCACAGCCAUACCGCAAACGAGGUAUUCGCACCUAUUGCGUCGAAUGGAUACGACUCUCAGUACAGAUCAACUCCCAAAAUGCUCCCAAGCUUGCCUGGACUUUACAAUUCGGCAUUCACGCCACAACCGCAUGAGUUGAAGCCAACCAGCCCUAUUCGCCCGGGUACUGGAGGUCAGUUGUCUCCACUGUCUCUCAACUCCGAAGAAGAGCGAAGGGAAGCUGCGGCAGCUCUUGAUAAGAUGACCGGUUUCCCCGCAUCAGCGAGCGCGCCAUGGUGUCGCCAAUCUUCACAUGCAAGCUCAGCAUCAUACAAGUCCUUCGCGAAGCAACUGGAAGAAGGCGUCGACGAUCCGGAUGCUAUUCCCCCGAGGAACAGUUCUUGGGUUAGACAAUCGUCCAGACCUGCCUCAGGAUCACUGCCACGACCUGUUAGCCACAUUCUUCAAGAAUCUUUGGCUCAGCAGUUCAUGCCAAUGUCCUCCAACUUCUCGGAUUCGAGCAGCCUUUACGCCAAUUCUACGCCAAUGCCCGCCAGAAAUGGUGCCAUUGGCUCUUGGAACGGUGCGUUCAGUGCUACUAACGGUGGCAACUCUACUGUAUAUGCUGGAGACAGUGAUUUUGAUCGAGAAACGAUGUUGCAGUCUUCCAUCUGGAACGGCAGCCAAAAUUUCCCUGGUCCAUACGUCAGAACUCCGCCUGGUGGACAAGGUGGCUGA